AUGUCGAAGCUCGUUUCUGCAAAUCGCCACAUGUCGAGUUUGACGCAAUGUCCUGGCAACAUGCUCUACAUGGCACCAGAAGCCGUGGACGACACGAAAUGCUACACUACAAAGCUCGACAUUUUUUCAGUCGGCGUGAUAAUCGUCCAGAUAAUCACCAGGGAGUUCCCCGACCCAGCCAAGCGACUCCGUCAGCUGUUUCUCCCACAGUUCAGCGAGCCACUCCUGCAGGUUGUUCCCGAGACCGAACGACGCUGGAACCACUUACGGCUGAUAUCCGAUUCCCACCCUCUGAAACAUGUGGCUCUGCACUGCCUGGGGCAGAAGGAACAGCAGCGUCCCUCGGCUCUGGAACUUGGCGAGAGGCUGUCUGUUCUAAACCAUUCUUCUCAGAGUAUCUGUAUCGCUGAGAGAAAGAGUGAUGUUCAGCAACUUCGAGAAGAGAGAAUCUUGACAGAGACAAAAGCCAAGGAAACCCAACUGUAUAAGGCUCCAAAAGGGCAACUACAAACAACAGUUGACACGCUACAAAAAGAACUUGAAGCGAAAGCAAUGAUUUCCCCAAACCCCCACAAAGAAAAAGGCAACAGAGCUACAGUAGGCCAGAACGAGGCAGCUGAGAGUCCAGAGAGAGAGCUCCUAAGGCUUCGGGAGCAACUAGAGCAGAGAGAUGCUACCAUAUCUUACCUCCAGAGAACAGCAUCAGUAGAAAAAGAUGGAGAGAUUCUACAACAGCAAAGGAAACAUAGCAGAAGUGAAGUAGACGCUCCCAAGGCAACUAUCAAGACAAGCACAGCGGAGGUGGGUGGAAUGUGGUGGAAGAAGUAG